AUCCUCUUCUCACCACAACAACCAACUGUCUUUUAGUCCUUUCCAAUCUUUACAUCUUAGCCACAAUGUUCUCCCGUGUUUCCGCUGUCUCUUUCACCCUCUUGUUUGCUCUCCUUGCCACUGCCUCUCCCACUCCGGAGAUCGUCGCCCGUGACACCAACCAGUGCAACACUGGAUCUAUUUCCUGCUGCAACAGCGUACAAAGUGUAUCUAACCCUGGUGUUGCUAGUCUCCUCGGGCUACUUGGUGUUGUCGUCGGAGACAUCACCGGUCAAGUCGGUGUUGGUUGCUCUCCUAUCACUGUGAUUGGAGCUGGGUCGGGAUCCACCUGCGACCAACAGCCUGUUUGCUGCACCGGAAACCAAUUUGGCGGCUUGAUCAACAUUGGCUGUUCGCCCAUUACCCUCGGCCUCUAAGUUUAAGUGGGUAGGACGAGAACGUUUCGGCAGGGAGAGUCAGCUGAUGGAGUAAUAAUACAAUUACCUU